AUGCUGCAGUACAGGAAUAUCGUGGUCCUCGGUGCGGCAUAUGGUGGUCAGAGUGCUGCGAAGGUUUUGGCGGAAGGAGUCACAAAGCUGCCCGGAAACUGGAGAGUGGUGGCCAUUGAUAGAAAUUCGCAUCUGAAUCAUGUCUACGCCUUUCCACGUUUCGCGGUCGUGGGCGGACGUGAACAUCAAGCGUUUAUUCGCUACGAUGGCAUGGUACCAGCUGAAAAACCAAAUCGCCUCCUGAACCUCACGGCCCAGGCCCAGUCGCUUUCCCCACACGCCGUCACCCUCGAUCGCGCCUUCCCCGAGCAUGGAAUUCCUACUCCGAAGCUCGACUUCGAAUAUGCGAUAUACGCCCUGGGCUCUACGCUUCCUGCUCCCGUCAAUCUCUGGGGACCUCGGCUGGAUGCGAAGAUGCGCGCAGACGCUGAAGCGGUGGAGGUGCUGCAAGUUGGCUCCAAAGCCAGUGGAAUCGCGUGGCUCAAGGCUGCACAGCGAGUGAUCAGGGACGCACGCUCGGUGCUAGUCGUAGGUGGAGGCGCGCUCGGCGUUCAAUUCGCUACAGACAUCGCAGAUGUGCAUCCGGAGAAGCGCGUAACGUUACUGCACUCUCGCCCGCAGCUAUUACCCCGUUUCAGCCAGGAGAUGCACAACGAGAUCCUUCGGCAAAUGAACCGCUUGAACAUCAACGUCGUGCUCGGUGAACGGCUAGAUGUACGAUCUGUGGCUGAAAAGCAAUCGUCAGAGUCAGGCGAGCGGGUCGUACGAACAGUGUCCGGUCGAGAGCUUGCUGCAGAUCUUGUUCUCAUGUGCACUGGUCAAAAGCCCAACACGGAGACCCUGAGGGCACUCGAACCUGCAUUGCUCAACGACGAGGGACGUGUGAGGGUGACCCGCACCCUGCAGCUUGAUUCGCCUGCCUUCGCGCACAUGUUUGCUAAGCCCAACACUGGUGUCCUUAACUCUCUGGACCCUACCCUCCUCGCCGAAGACGGGCGAGCGCGCGUGAAGCGCACGCUGCAGCUCGACAGUGCAGACUACCCGCAUAUCUUCGCCGUUGGCGACUCUGCGGACGCAUUUGGUGCGAUUUCCUCUGGCCGCAACGCAGACUUUCAGGGCUGCCUCGCUGCCCGUAAUAUCCUACGCAUGAUUGCGCAAAAGGAAGACCCCACCUCCGCCCCAGAGCCGCUGGAGGCAUAUACGCCGAGCCCUCCGGGGAUCAAGGUCUCUCUCGGGCUGCAUCGGGCCGUAAUCCAGUCUCAGGGCAAGGUGACUGCGGUCGACGUUGAUGACAAGGACGACCGUCGGUGUGCUGGGAUGUGGAGACUUUUCGGGCAUGGGAGGGAUCUAUCAGACGAGUAUAUGCGCGCGUGAGAGCGUAGGUAUUGGGGUGACAGGCUGUAAAUAACAUGGGACUGAGGGCGUUUGGGUGCGGCCUCGGAGCUACAGCGGACGAUGACCAUGUCGGAGCAGGCCUACUUGAAAGACUUGGGAGGCGAGUUACGAGGAGUAGAUGUGAGCUAUUAUGCGGUUGAAGCCCCUUGGAACAUGUC